AUGAGUGCUUCGAGGAAAAAUUAUUGGUUGAGUUCUUUCAACGAGACGGCUGACUUUCCCCCAAAUGUCCGCAAAGCCAUGGAUACGCUCAUAAAUGUCAUGAGUAGCGAGGUAACUGCUGAGGGGAAGAUGAUAUCUCUACCGAAUGCUGAACUCGACAUGGUAGAGUGGGUCAUACAAGCCUGCCAGUAUGUCGAAUAUAUGCGUGCACUAGGAAGUUACGGACGCCGUGUCUACACCAUAUUCGCAGAUGACUACAACCAGCCGACCGCUCUUGUUGAAAAGCCCCCCAUCGCCCAAUGGCUCCAGGAGGCUGGGAAGGAGCUAACACUGAUGAAGCUGCUAACCUACCUGGGUCAGGUGCUUCUGGAGUGCGAGAACGAAAUUUAUCUGCGCGAACAUUACUAUAUCGGCCAGCUUCCGAAGGAGCCCAUUGAGAGGAUUAGAGACAAGGUGAGCCACGUCCUUGGAAUGGACAUCCUGGAGGACUUUGAGGAGCAGAAACAUCGACCUCUGAAACUUAGCAAAGAUGUGUUGAGUAUCGUCAAGGCUUUUGAAGACGCUGGGCAAAAGAUAGAGGAUGGGAUUCCCGAACACCAAACUCUGGAAGAGGCCGAGGAGUAUGCGAACCAGGUCAUUGCCCAAUAUCGGCCUGAGUGA